AUGAAAUUAAAACGCCAGGCGGGCGUUAACCAACUGGGGGGCGUGUUCGUAAACGGCCGGCCCCUCCCCGACGUGGUGAGGAAGAAGAUAGUCGAGCUGGCGAUCCUGGGCGUGAGGCCGUGCGACAUCAGCAGACAGCUGCUCGUCUCGCACGGCUGCGUCUCCAAGAUCCUGACCAGGUUCUACGAGACGGGCUCCAUCCGGCCCGGCUCUAUCGGCGGCAGCAAAACGAAAGUACGUAGCGUAAUAUUCGAGAACAUGUCA